AUGGCUGGUCCACAAGUGCAACACUCACAUUCGCAGCGCCCCAACAGCGCCUACUACAUGGGAUUGAAUGGCGGUGGCAGUAGCGCCGGCGGCAUGGCCAACAAUGGUCAUCACAGCGUGGGCGGCACGGAGUGCACGCACACAGCCAACACAGCGACAGGCAUUAGCACGAGCAGUAGCGCGCACUCUGGCCUGCAUGCGCUGCGUCAAAUGUCCAACGACAUGGAGUUAAUAUAUCGCGGCAAUACGGCCAAUGCGGCCAAUGCCAAUGCCAAUGCCAACGCCAGUCACCACUCCACCAUGUCGUCACAUGUCAUUGAACAACAGCCAACAGCAGCUGUGGCGGCGACAGCUGCCGCUACUCUGGACACCACCGAUGUAUCGUGCGGUGGCAGUGGUCAAAUAGUCAGCAUAGCUGGGCUCGGCGCAAGUGCCAGUGAUGCUUUAAUUGUUCCUUCAAGCGCUGCGACGAAACGUAACAAAUUGGCGUCGUCCAAAUCAGCGCAACGCAGUGUUGAAAUUGUUGUCGAUGCGUCACAAUGUGACGCUGGCGAUGAUGGCGUGGGUGACAGCAAGUCAGGCGAUGACGUCGAACAAGGGCGGCGUAUGUCGCGACAUCGGCGUCGACCGUUGCAUCGGCGAUUUUUCAACUACCUGCGCAAUUUGUUUCAAGGCAGUGCCGCUCAGCAUG